UGUUGUGUCAGUUUGUGCCAAUGCAGUGCAAGCCAUUGUAAAUUUCUAACAGUUUUCAACAUUCCAGCGGAUCGGAGGGCGGUCAAGUCCACAGCGCGCGGCCUACGUGACUCGCGACGCACGCGUCAUACAUACCCACCCUCUCUGCUUCGCACAGUUUCUGCCGCUGCUUGCCUGCAAACACUUUCUUGCCUGCUAUAUCAAAAAUUUAAGUAUUGCACAACAUUAUUCUUUCACUAUACUCAAUUCAUCGCGGGUUAUGAUCAUUUGCUUUCAGCUGGGCUGUUUGAGACUGGUUUCAUUGCACUUAUUGACUUGUUUGCACAAUGGAUCUUAAAUCGUUAAAGAAAACCAGAGCUAGUCAUAAAGCAAAGCUUACCAUAUUUAAAUCAUACAUAGAAUCAUUUUUGCCUAAUAAACUUAUAAAUAAAGUACAAGUUCUCGAAACAACAGCUCGUCUAAACAAAAUAAUGGAAUUAUACAGUGAGUUUGAUGCUAUUCAAACGGACAUUGAAAGUCUUGUGGAAAUUCCAGGUGAAGAGCACAAGGAACGGGAGAUAUUUGAAACAAGCUACUUCGGCUGCGUGGCUGUUGCACAGGAGCUGUUGAGUGCUGCCUCUGCAGAGCAGGAGACCGGAUCGGUGACGGGUUCUAGUGACAGCGCUGGAAAGCCGGAAUUGCAGAUCCGAAAUAAAUGGCGCACAGAUAAGGGACAACCGCAGCCAGGAGAUAUGGUCCUCAUCAAGGACGACCGCCUGCCUCCCAACAGAUGGCUGCUGGGCCGUGUCACCACCGUCUACCCUGGCGCUGAUGGUGUCAACCGGGUGGCAGAUGUAGCAACAACUUCAGGAACUUUACGCAGAGCUUGGAAUAGACUCUGCCCACUACCAAUUACGUUGGACCAGGAUGCUGCUCCUGCUCCAAGGGGGCCAGCUUGUUAACGCAAGUGCCGUGCCAAAGGCCCGGUGUCCGCGCCGGGGAGUACAGCGAGCGGCGAGUGCGCCGCCAUGACACUUUCCUUUUACGCUACGAACGCAUCGCUACAAGACGUCGUGUCGCCACAUUAUACACAAUUUUUGUAAAUCCAUUUAUUGAAUCCUAUAAUACAAGUUUUAACAAGAA